AUGUCUACAAAACUUAGAAAUAAAGUAUCAUGUGAUUGCAAGGAAUGCAAUGGCAAAUAUGUUGAUGAAAGAACCAGAAAAAGACAUCUAGAUUUAGAGUGUCAUUUAGCAUCUAGUGUUUCCGGAUUUGUCACUUUUUUACCUAGAAACAAUCGGAUUAAGCCAGCACAUACUGUCUAUCAUAGUCUGAUCAUAGAAGGAUCAUCAAGAUCAAAAGAAAUGACCAGACAAGAAGAGUCAACAUCAUUUAAUAAUAAUUAUGAAUCAGAUUUUGCCAGUUUUAUCCCUCAAAAAAGGUGUAGACAAGACCAGUUUUGGGAACUGGAAGCCAAUAAGGAAAGCAAUGAACUGAUUAAUGAGUAUGAAUAUGAAGGUGACAUUUCUCCAGAAGACAAUAUGGAUUUGGACAAUGAUCCUGUUGAACAAUUUUCUGCACCUGAAAAUGGCAUAUCCCAACACAAAUGUUAA